AUGAAGAUUUUCGUGGCUAUCGUUGUGGCCUCUUGGGCUGCUGCAGACACAAUCGUGUGCUCUGCAACGGGUGUAGCAACUUGUAGCAGCUUGAACGGACCCUUUUGCGAAGGUUUGGGACCUGGAUUCGCAGUGCCGCCACCACAUGCAAGGCAAAACCUCGACAUUGAUGUAGAGGAGCUGGCGGUUAUCGAAUCGGAGAAGAAUCUCAAGGUCGAGAAGGUUCUCAAGCAGUACGAGUUACAGGCCGCUAUUAGCGAAGCAGCUGCGCUCGAAGAGGAAGAGGACAUUAUUCUUGACAUUGAGAUGCUGCUGGACGAGAGUAUUGCUCUGCUGAACGAGCUGGAAGAGGACGACGACACGAGUCCGAUGGCUGGUGCGUUCGCGUUCAGCAGCGCAAACGGAGCGUUUGAGCUGCUGGAAAGGAUGGAUGGAGACGAGUUGAAGGAAUUCUUUGAGACGGCGCUGGACGAGGUGCUGCUGUCAGUGGAAGCGGCAUUGCAGGAGCUGUCGCCUAACGCAGCGCAGGGCGUGCGGACCUCGUUACGUCAACUCAAGGCACUGAAAGACUACUCGACAUAUAAAUUCCAGCGGCUAGAUGAGUCCCAGCUCGCGAGUAUCCGACACAAGUUCGCCAAUCACCGCCUCGUGGAAUUGCAGCAGACCUUCGAGCGCUUGGUGAUCGCAGGAGAUGCUCAGGAUCGGCAGCUGGCGUUUGAGACCGCAGUCUUCCUGUUCCAACUUGCUCAAGAAGAGGCAAUUGAGUCGUCGAAAGAGGCGGAAGCUGACACCACCACUGCCGUCAGCGACGUCUAUGGAGAAUAG